GUCAACAACAUUAACAAACCCAUUGAUAGAUGGCCAAUCUACAGUCCUCUUAAAUCAUAAAGAAUUCCUCCUUAGGGAGGACCUUUUCUAAAAUGAAUCUGGCAACCAAGAAGAAUGCAUUUUGAAUGUCAGUAAAACAGCUUGGUUGAACAAGAAUAAAAACUGUUGAAACAUGGAAAAACAAAUAACUACUAUACAUGUUUCACAGUUUUCUAUAUAAGAUGGCGACGAUAGUUUAACUAACAUCUGUUUCUGAUAAAUUUAAAGGCAUUGCUGGUAAAAUACAGUUCUGCAAAUGAAUCUCUGCAAACACCAUGAGUGUUCUCAAUACUCUCAGUAGCAAUGCUGUUGACACACUUGAUGUCAAAGUAGAGUUGGCAGAUCAGGAUUGGUCUACAGUCCCUUCAACUCCUGCAUUUUUGCCACGCAAAAAGGCAAAAGUCUCAGACUUUGUGAUGAAUGUCAUAAAAGAAAGUGAUGAGAUAAUAUCAAAAGCAUUAUCAUUGGCAGCCCAAAGUAAAGAAAGUGGGGGAACUAAUAUUGAUGACACUGGAUUGGAAGGCAUUUCUAAAGCAUCAAACCCAGCCAGUUCUAUAGAGGAAAAACUUAGGUCACAAAAAGCAACUGUGGUACCUAAUUCAGUCUCCUCUACCAAAGCUCCCAUCAGUAAACAGAAAAACUCCUCGAAUUCUACAUUAGUUGGCUCAGACAAAUCUAGGGUAAUGCCAAAUGUAUCGGCAAAGCAUACAGUUCUCACUCCCCCACAAACUUAUAGUAUAAAGAAGACACCCAAGCUGUCAGAUAAAUCAAAAAAGAAGAGAGCCAAGCUAAUAGCUCGUGGAAUUCCUGAAAAGAUCGCCACUGCUCUAUGUGUAAUGACGUUGCCUGAUCUUCUUAAGAGGAUACCUUCAUUGAGAGCAGACUUCCCAAACACAGUUAUACCCGAAGAGUCUCAGAUAAUGAAGCAAAGCGGCGAUAAACCUAACCCCGAUACACCUUUGCGUGUAGGAAUCCAGAACUCCGAACCCAUGAGUAAAGAACAAAUGGCGAAGGUCCAUCGUCAUCUAAUUCUAGCUAUUGCAGAGCAGCAGAAAGACGGCAGUGGACCAGAAUUUGUAGAAUUUAAACACAUGGAUGGCUGGAUUCUUGUUACUUGCGCAGAUAAGCGUAGUCAGGAUUGGCUCGUAAGCGAAGUAAAGUAUUUAGAACCCUGGCCGGAUGCGAAUCUCUCCAUUAUGGCAGAGCGGAAACUGCCCAAACUAGAUGUAGCAAAAGUUCUUGCGUUUAUCCCGGAGUCAGAGGCGACAUCUGUCCAAGAAGCUCUGGAACUUCUCAGAGCACAGAAUAAGGGUCUUAAUACUGAGCAAUGGACGGUAGUUGAAGAGAAGUUAGAAACUGGCAAGAGUUGGACUGUAAAAUUCAACAUUGACGAGGAAUCGCUUAAUACACUGAAAACCCUGGAGUGUCAAGCUGCUAUAGGUUUCACAAAGAUGAAUUUUAAAAUCGUUCCUCUCGUUAAAACUGAGAAACCUGAAACCAAUGAGAAAUCUUCAAAACCUGAAACCAAUCAGAAAUCGUCAAAACCUGCAACCAAUCAGAAAUCGGCUAAACCCGAAACCAAUCAGAAAUCGUCAAAACCUGCAACCAAUCAGAAAUCGGCUAAACCCGAAACCAAUCAGAAAUCGUCUAAAAAAGAAUCGAUUUCAACCAAAAAACCCUUGAUCCAGGAAGCAAAAGAUAAACACAUACGUCGCUCUAAUAUCAAUUCCCAGCCGCCGGUCGUUAAGAGUUCUAAAACUGUAAUUAUUCCUCAAACCCAGAAAAGCACCCAAUGUGCAGAGAAGCCCCCAUCAAUAGGUUUUAUAAAAAAUAUGGUUCACGACGCCAGACUCAGAAUUGAAGAAAUUAAACAAAAGCAACUUUCUGAUAGAAGAUUCAGAUGGGGUAGAUGGGAUGAGCCGCCAAGCCUCAGCGAACGAAAUAUGCCUCAGAAUACGGCUCAGCCGUCAGCUGCACCUCAAGUCUUUAAUGCCCCUGCUACGGUUGCCCUGGGGAGAAAUCCAACUGGAGGAAUCACAGUGAUACAACAAAACUUUCCUACUCUACCAACUCCUGUCACAGUGCCUCAAACAACUGGACGAAAUCCAAAUUUGGUGCAUCGUAUGGAAAUCCCAGGAUUUGGUGCUCCAAAUGCCAAUACCCUGGGUGGGAUGGGGACAGGUAUAACAAUCACAGUACCACAGCAAAAUAACUUUGGAGGAAAUCCGAAUAUGGCUCAUAGGAUGGAAUUACCGCGCUUUGGUGUUCCAAAUGCGAGUACACAGGGAUGCGUUGUGGCUGGAGGUACACCGCUGCAAAAUAGCUUUACUGCAGGAAGCGGAAUAGGGACUAAUCUCAGCACCAUUGCUGCCCAAGCACCUGGAAGGAAUUUAACAAUGAUGCCUCCUAAUACGGUGAUCCCAGGCCAUGGGGUUCCCAAUGCAGCUACCCUGGCUGGAAGUAGGAUGGGAGGUGUCGCACCACAGCAAAAUGUAUAUUCCGCUCCACCCAGUCAAAUGCAAGAAAUGGACUACUUUCUAGGCCCUGGAGGUGGCUCUCAAUUUGUUCAGAAACAAAUGAUGGGUCAAAACUCUGUCAACUAUAGUAACGUGCCAAUGGGGCAAAACAUGAAUGGGGUAGGCGAUGCAGCGUAUCAACAGAACUUGGCUCACGCAGCGAUGUACCCAUACGCAAAUGCAUCAUACUACAUGAAUUGUUACCAAGAUCCUCAAGCGGCGAAGUCAAUGCCUAACCAGAAUAGUAAUCAACAAGGUCCAGUCGCUCAGUUACCUAGCAACAGUCGUCCCGAUAGGAGCAAAGACUCCAGGCAGAGAACAGACAUUUCUGAUGAAGGAUAUAAAUCCUGGAUUAUAGAGGAAACCAAAAGGUUUUUAACAAAUGAUCACAGCUCUAUGACGUCCGCCAUGCCGGGGACACCACCUCCUCCCCGUUUCCCACCGACACCGUCCCCACCACCGCCACCAAUUAUAGGCAAUUAUAGCGACCAAGAUUCUGAUGAAGACAUGCAUUCAAGAUCAUAUCUUACACGGCAAUCUCCUCAAGACGACUAUGCUAGUUACAGGCGUUCUUAUGAUAGUGAGAGUCCUCCAAGAUCUAGAAGAGAGUCGCCUCAAGCUGACAGCGACUGGGAUAUGGAGGAUUAUGAAAGUUAUAAAAGGAGCCAGCACAUUAGAGAAGGUGAAGAAGACCAGAUCAGACGGUCAGGGCGCGAAUUUAGGUCGCCCGACGGACGAAAUAGUUACAGACUCCGGGAUAUUGAGGGCUCCUAUGAAAUAAGUCAGAGCAGUGGAAUGGAAAUGAGUGAUCGGGAGAUAGUUUCAAGACCUGACAGGAGAUCACCACUACCAAUGAGAAAUUGCAGACCUCGGAAUAUUGAGGACACUGAAAUUAACGAAAAAAGCUGGGAUAGUACAGGGGAAAGAGAUGUGGACAGAUUCUUAAGAAACCCACUACAAACAAUGAAAGAAAAAGCUACCCCACCAAUAAAUGAAUAUAGAUCACAACAUGUAGAUUACUCUGAAACUAACGAAAGGAGUCUUAGCAGGGAAGAAAGAGAUUUAGACAUGUCCCAAAAUGCGUACAGAAAAUCUGAAAAGUAUGAAAGGAACCGGAGUAGUUUCCAGGAGAGAGAUGAUUUGGACAGAGCCUUAAGACCAGGCAAAAUAUCACCACAACCGAUGAAAGAUUAUAGACCUCGAAAUCUUGAAGACUCUGAAAAUAAUGAAAAGAGUCAGAGUAAUAGGUCGGAAAGAGAUCCGGACAUAUCUUCAAUAAUGUAUGGAAGACCAGAUAGAAACCCACUACAAACAAUGAAAGAAAAAGCUACACCACCUAUAAGAAAUUAUAGAUCACGGAAUACAGAUUACUCUGAAACUGACGAAAAGAGUCUCAGUGAGGAGGAAAGAGAUAUGGUCAUAUCCCAAAUGGAGUACAGAAAAUCUGAAACGUUUGAAAGGAACCGGAGUAGUUUCCAGGAGAGAGAUGAUUUCGACAGAGCCUUAAGACCAGGCAAAAUAUUACCACAACCGAUGAAAGAUUAUAGACCCCAGAAUAUUGAGGACUCUCAAACUAACGAAAAGAAUUCGAGUAUUCGAAUAGAUAAAGGACUAAACAUACCUUUAAUGGCAUAUGGAACAUUCUCAAGACCAGACCGAACGAUAAAAGAAAAUGCAACUCAACCUAUGGUAGAAAAAGCACCUCCAACAAAAGAUUUUAGACCAUGGCAUAUCGAAGGCCCUGAAACGAAUGAAAAGAGUCCGAUUAUCAGAGAGGAAAGGGUUUUAGAAGGGUCCUUAAGACCUGAUAGAUUUUCGCAACCAUAUUAUGUACUCAAGACAACCGAAGAUAUUAAAAAUAAUGAUAGAAGAAAGGAGGGAAAUGAUUUAGACAAAUCCUCAAGACCGGACAGAAGGUCGCCACAGCCUAAAGAUUUUAGACCUCGAAAUAUUGAUAAAUCUAAAACCAGCGAAAGAAGUGAGAGAGAGCAAACAGAACUGAACAAAACAUCCGAUAGAAAAUCACCGCAAUCAAGGAUAGAUAAUAAGCCCAGGAACGAAGGCUGUCAAACCAGUGAUAGAAAUCGAAGCAGUAGAGAGAAAAGAGAUGAUUUACACAGAAAAUCACCGCCACCAAGAGAUAGACCCCGGGAUAGCGAGGAUCCCAGAAGAAGGGAGGAAAAGGUCCGGGACAGAUCUCCAAGACCAUAUAGAAGAUCUCCACCAAGGAUAGACAGACCAGGAAUCGAAAGCAGGAGAGACGGGAUAAACGAUCGGGGUAGACCAAGACCUCCAUUAAGAAACGAUUUUAGACGCGAUGUUGACGCUCACUCUAGAUUCCCGGAUAGGCAGGAAGGCCCAGGGACCAGAGGAAUACAGAGGCCGAGAGAUCGGGAUGGAAAUAUGCGGGACAGACGAGACAGGUCUCCGAAUUCGUCAAGGUCAAAUCAGCGAGAUCUACGGAGACCUGAUAUACGGCCGCGGCGGUAGUCACACAGCAAUCAUUGCAUUGCAUUGAAGCAUUGGCAGCGUACUCGUAGCACAGCCCGUUCGUUUCUACUCAUUCUACCUUCAGUGACGGAUCUUCGAGAAGGCCUUCCAGUAUUCUUCUUGAUGUUUUAUCUCUUUUCUUUUAGUACUCAAAAUCUAUAAUUUCUCUUUCUAGUCUAAGCACUAUUGCUUGACCGCCGAACAAGCUUUCCAGAGAAAUGCUUAGUACAAUUUCGUCCACAAUCAUUUUAUGUCCUAGGUGCUAAUUAGUCAUCAUUCUUAUAUCGAUCGCAGUGAUAUUUCAAGUAAAUCUGUCAUUGAAAAAAGGUGGCAAAAUAUAAAAAUGGAGCCAAAGGUCCGAUAGAAAAUUUGUAUUUCGCGCCUUUAGUACCAAAGAUUAGGUUGACCGUAAUUACAUUAUAUUAAAUUAAAAAUCAUUUAUUGCCAUAAUUCACAUGCAAUAGGUACACGAACUAGGUAGGUAUAUUAUAUUUUACAUUUUAAACAAGUUACUAUUAAAAUAAACUUUACUAAACAUAAUACUACUUAUUCUAUGAUUAAUUGAUUGAUUACUUUACAUUUGUUUUUCUUUAGGGUUUGAUAUUAAUUUCUUAACUUAAUAACAGUACAUUAAUGUAGUAAGGUUUUAGUUUAUGAUAGUUUUUAACCGCCUCCCAAAUCUCAAAGGAAGGGGUUAUCAAGUCGUCUGUAUGUUUUUUUUUUUUUUUAAUGUUUGAUCCUCGAUAUCUCCGUCGUUACAAGACCGAUUUUGAAAAUUUUUUUUUUUAUUGAAUGUAUAUGCACACAGAUUGGUCCCAUUUUUCUCAGAACCCAGUUCUGAUGAUGGGAUUCUGGAGAAAGCGAGGGUACUCCUCAAAUGUGAAAGGCAUACAUAUGGUGAUUUUUGUGUUUUUAAAGGAACAGCAUGCAUUUACGUACAGAACAGUGACAUUUGGUGCAGUGGAACUCCUGAUGAUGGUCAGAAUGGAACUCCUCAAAUCUGAAC